AUGGCAUCGCGUCAUUUCUUUCCGGGUCCUUUUACACCGACUGGCAAACUAGGUGACUUCCCCAUUGAAGACUACUUCUUUGGAAGACGGCGCCAGAGAAGAAACAGAACAACCUUCACACCUCAACAAUUAUCCGCACUGGAGGAACUAUUUUCACGGACCCAUUAUCCUGAUGUGUUCGUCCGAGAGGAACUAGCCAAUCGGAUCAGCCUCACCGAAGCCAGAGUUCAGGUGUGGUUCCAGAAUAGGCGAGCAAAAUGGCGGAAAAAUGCCCGUUUACGUCUUGGCAGGGAUGCUCUGAAUAGCCGACCAGAUCAACUAGGGGUGUCCAUGCUCCCCCAGCAGCCACACCCAUGGCCCCUAGUGACCUCCACUCACCAGCCCAUCCUCCCAUUGGCUCACUGCUCAGUGGCUGCGGUCCAGGCUAACGCCCAGGGCCGGCCUGUCUUCUCCACUUCGAUGAUGUACCCCGAGACGGACAGGAUGUCCGAGAGCAGAAUGAAUCUGGAGCAGAGCUACUUCAGUAAUAGGUUGGCCUUGUCGCCUGGAAAUCUCCUAAACCGCGGUCGCUUCCCAAUGGGCGUGUCAUCAACUGAUACCAGCGAAAGCGCCAAUAUCUCACAGUCAAUUUCCAUGACAGCACAGUCCCUGAGACACGGGGAGAAGGGUGUCGACGAUCUACGGCCGACCAGUCUCUUCAGAGGCCAAGAUGAGCCUAAUUCACGGCUCUCAAGGAAGUCGUCCAACUCGAGCGACGCCAUCUCUUCGCACGAGCCUCAUAAGGCGGCCGCCUGCACAAUCACAAAUGAUGACGUGGAUUCGGGCGAUUGUAUCUAA